AUGGACUAUUCGACCGCCCCCGCCAGCUCGUCGCCGGCUUCGAUCCUUGCUUCGCCGUACGUCCGCUCGCUGAUUGCUGGUGGCUUCGCCGGCACCGCCGUCGAUCUGUCAUUGUACCCCCUCGACACCCUCAAGACGCGGCUACAAUCAGCAGGAGGAUUCUUCAAGAAUGGCGGUUGGUCAGGAGUCUACAAAGGCGUUGGCUCGGUGAUAGCAGGCUCGGCUCCGGGCGCAGCUCUCUUCUUUGUCACCUACGAGCACGUCAAAACGACUCUCCGUCACGGCGAGAAAACCGGAUCCUCGGCCGCGGUAACCCACAUGCUUGCCGCAUCAAUCGGUGAGAUCGCAGCAUGCUCUGUUAGAGUCCCUACGGAGGUGAUCAAGCAGCGAGCACAGGCGUCGCAGUUCGCGAGCUCGUGGCAGGCAUUGCGACACAUCUUCACCGCCAAUACUUCGGCAGUCAUGGUCUGGAAGGAGCUCUACAGGGGUUGGGGUGUCACGAUCAUGAGGGAGAUCCCGUUCACGGUCAUUCAGUUUCCACUGUGGGAGGCCAUGAAAGAGUGGAGAGGGGAGGCCAAAGGCAGGAAGGCAAACCCCGCCGAGAGUGCCGUUUUUGGGAGCGUGUCGGGAGCUAUCGCAGCUGCCGCCACCACGCCGCUGGACGUGCUCAAGACGAGGUUGAUGUUGGCAAAACAGAAACAAUCGGCUUUAUGGACCUUCAAGAACAUCGUUGCCGAGGAAGGAACUGGAGCGCUGUUCAAGGGAAUCACUCCGAGAGUCAUUUGGAUCUCGAUAGGUGGAGCGAUCUUCCUGGGUGCUUGGGACUUUGCGAGGGGGAGCCUCGAAUCUCUGGAUCGGCGGAAAUCCAAGGAGUGA